AUGGCUUCAGAAACUGGAAAUCUCUACGGCAUUCGCCCACCUAAAAAGCAACCGAAGGAUCUUGCGUCUUCCAGCAGUCUAGCUUUCACAUCCAGCAUCUCCAGCCUCCUCUCAUCCACAGCAUCCUCGUCUCGAACUGCUGGUCGCCCCCGCCCCUCUAAGAACAAGUCGGAUAUAUUCACAUCACAUAACAAGAAUGCUAAGAAACGAGCAGCGAAAGACCUAGAAGAUGACGAGUUCAGAGGACGCACAGGAAGGCAGGAUAUCGGAGGCGUGGACGACAAUGUGCUGCAUCGCUCGAAGAGGAAAAUGGAGGAGAAAGCUAAGAUUUAUGCGAGGAUGAAGAGGGGAGAAUAUGAGGGAAAGGAUGGGGAGGAUGGGCUGAUUGACUUUGACAGAAAAUGGGCAGAGCGGGAAAGGGAAGGGAGGAAGGAAGACUCGUCAGACGACGUUGAGAGCGAUGAUGGACAGGGCGAGAUGGUAGAUUAUGAGGAUGAUUAUGGACGUCAGCGGAGAGGGACUCGAGCAGAUGCAGAAAGGAUGGAACGCAAGAAACGGAACAAGAUUCUUGGAGCCGAGGAACUGGAUAGAAUGAGUGCCCGUCCUGCAAUGCCUGGGAAAGUUAUCUAUGGCGAUACUGUACAGGUUAUGGCAUUCAAUCCCGAUGAAGAGAGCGCGGAGAAGAUGGAGGAGAUUGCAAGGAAGAGAGACAGGAGUUUGACACCGCCAGAUGCACAGCACUAUGAGGCCGACAAGGAGAUUAGGAGCAAAGGCGUUGGUUUUUACAGCUUCUCAAAAGAUGAGUCAACCAGGAUGAAGGAGAUGGAGGCUUUGGAGAAGGAAAGGGAGCAAACUGAAAAAGUACGGAAGGAGAGAGAGGAGAAGAAAGAGGAGAGAAAACGGGAAAUUGAGGAAAGGAGAAAACUCAUUGGAGAAAAAAGGGCAAAGAAGCAAGCAGAUUCAUUCUUGGAUGGACUUAUGGCGGAUAUGGAGUCUUCCAAGAAAGAGGGCGAAUGA